AUGAGAACUAGGCGGGGUUUUCUUUUGUCUUCCGUUUUGUUUAAUGUCUUCUUCGUACGUUGUUUUACCAACGCUUUCGGACAUUUUGGAUAUUUUUACUCUCUUUCCUCCGCCUUCUCACUCUCACGACACAACUUCCUCUCCCCCUCUCUCUCUCUCUCUCUUAUAUUUGUCUUUCUUUCUUUCAUCUUGCAUGUAUCUCCUUCGUCUUACUUUCAUUCUUUCUGUACUUUGAAAAUUUUUUUCCUACAAUUAUUUCAUUUUGACAUUUUUAAACCUUUUUGUUCCUUUUCUUUAUUUCUCUUUUCUUUUCUGUUUCUUCUUACCGACAUUUUAACUUAUUCUUUUCUUUUUCUCUCCUUUAUUCUCUUUUUUAUUCCGAUUUUUUCUUCGACAUUUCCUUCUUUCAAUUGUUUUACUUGCUUUCUUAUCGACAAAGAUAUCCUUUCUUUCUUUCCUUUCUUUUCAACCCUCUUUCUUUCUUUUUAUCAUAUUUCUCUUUCAUUUUCUUUCUUUUCUUUUUUCUUUUUAUCUUUUCAUCGUACCACUUGCUUGUUUAUUUAUUAUUUUCAUCGUAUUUCUCGCUACUUCUUUGUUUCUUUUCGUUGUCUUCUUCCUUUUUUCUGCCGUAUUUCAAUCUCAUUUCAUUUUGUCGUAUGUCGCCUUUCUUUCUUUUGA